UGGGGCGCUAAGCUUCCCGCAGUCUGUGGGCAGGAGACGCAGACCCAGCGGGCAGUGAGGCUCGCCCGGCUCCUCGCCCGGCUCGUGCAGAGGGGGAGCUGGUGGGGCCGGUUCAUGGCACGAGCCGUAUCGCGCGCCAGCGGGUGAGCGCAGCGAGGUGGCUGCCUCCGAGCUCCCAGCCCGUGUUCAGGACUCCAGCCCUGCGAGCCAAGGAGGAAGCCGGGGGAAGCAGGAAGCCUUCCCAAGGGCUCACGCUCUGUGACCCAGUGCCUUUCCUCGGAGGUCAAGCAGCACAACAGGAAGCCUUGCUCUGGUCACUCGGCAGCAGGAGCCGUGUGGCGUCACUCGGGGGCUCUCCCAGCCCCUGCCCCGCGGUCCGGUCCUCGUGCCCCACCAAGAGCUGCCCUAAAUGGAAGCCGGACGGGAGCUGGACAGCAGCUGCUGGCCCCGGGGAGGAAGAUGCAGUACAGAGACGGCCAGCUUAGCAUGGAGUUGAACCGGCUGCUGCUCCUCACAGCCUUCCUCCUCCACAUCAAGCUGUCCAGGCUGAGCCCGGCCCGGCUGGUCUGCGACAACCGGCUCAUCCAGAAAUACAUCAGCGAAGCCAAGGACAUGGAGAAGAGAGUGAGCCAGUGCCAGGAGCUCCCGUCGCUAACCCAGCCCCUUCCUCUGCCCAUGGUGGACUUCAGCCUCCGGGAAUGGAAAACGAAGACAAAUGAGACGAAAAGGCAGGAGAUCCUCUGGGACCUGGCGCUGCUGGUGGACGCGGUGACCGCUGCGCAGGGCCAUGUGAGGCAGGAGUGUGCGGCUGCCCUCCUGGGGCAGCUCUACAAGAAAGCCAACUCCUUCCUCCUGCUCCUGAAGACCUUCAGCUGGCAGGUCAGUGCCUGGCAGCCGGACCGCGCCUCCCGGACAACCCUGCAGAGCCACCCCAGUGUGAUAUUUCUGAUCUACCGGCAGCUCGUGCAAGGCAAACUGCGCUUCUUGUUCCAUGACCUGGCAAAGGAUUUCUGCCAGGAAGGAAGCCGGGGGGUGCCAGAGCCCCCAAGCACCCCACGUCCCCGGCUGCCUCAAGGGGACAGUGAAAGCCCUGCCUGCUGAUGGGGGUGUCCACCAGACCACAGGUGGAGACAGGGUGGGAAGGAAGCAGAUCCUGGCCCCCGACUCUCCAGAGAUGGGGGGAAGAGCAGGGCAGAGAGGGCCCUGCUGGAGCAGAGGAGAGGUCACGCCCAAGGACGUUAACAGCUGGCAGAGGACGAGAAAGGGGGCUCCUUCAGCCCUAGAGAGGCCCCCCACUGAUGGGCCGGUGAAUGUCGACCCACAGCGAAGACUUGAGAGCUGAGCAAAGAGGGGCCUGGCCCCGAGACUGGGAGGGGCCAGAGGAUGCUCUCAGCUCUGCACAUGCCAGGAAAGGGAGAGGACUCUGCCCUCUGAGGAGGAGCUCCUGUGGGCACACGGCGAGGCAGGACUCGUUGGCAUGGGCCUCUGAAUCCAGUCAGCACACAUGCAACACGUGCGGACUCGUCCCCGCCCCAGCCCACGGGUGAGAACUCCCUGCCCGUCCACCAGCCCCGUC